GAUGCUCGGUACCUCAUUCAGUUUCUAUCUACGACAAGAGAGAACUCCAAGAAAAGAAGAGAUCCUACAGACGAGGCAAAAGCGUAAACUGUGGAAGAAGCAUCUUUAUAGCUUUAUUGAUCUUCAUUGCCGGUCUAUCUGGUAAAGCCUAAUCGUUUUUCUGGUCAUUCACUUCCUUCAACAUAGAAACCCUAAGUGUUGUAUCAAAGUUCUCUAUAUCAUUGUGAUUUUCUGUUCUCGGCGGAAUAUUUUUGUCAUUCGGUGAUGGAGAUUGCUUGGCAGAGAGUCGCAUGGAAACUGACCGAAUCAUUUUCUGCAAUCUCUUCUAUUUGUUGGUGUGAAUAUAUUUGGACAAGAUUUAAAUUAUCUUUUAGGGCAUCACGAUAAUUGGCUCACUUAUCGUUUGGUUGCUGAAAAACCGGGGAAAAAGAUACGGAAAUGCUUAAUUGACGUUUGGAGGAAGGGGACAGUAUGUUUUUGGAGCUCAGAAACAAUUUCUUGCUAUCCUCUAUACUUUUCGGAAGCGUUUGUCGCUUGAUGCUCUGAGAUUUUAUUAACUUGGACAAUAACAUAUUCAACCCCACGGAAUGUUUGGUUGGCUAAUGGCUUCGUAGAAGUACUGAUUAUUUGACGUUGCACAGUUUCAGGGCCAUGCCUCGUAAAGUGAGUUAUGGAGUUGAUUAUGAUGAAGAAUAUGAUGACUAUGAAGAUUACGAUGUUGAUUGUGAUUUAGAUGUAGAAGACAAUGGCAACGUACCUCAGUCGAAGAAAGAAACUAUUAAGCGUGGGAUUUGGCGUUGCUCCAUCUGCACGUAUGAUAAUGAUGAGAGUUUGUCUGUAUGUGAUAUUUGUGGGGUUCUUCGUAAUCCUUUGAUCAAUUAUGGUCCCGGCAGUGAUAAGAAUACAGCUGAUUUCAAGUUCGAUGCUCCCUCCCCACAUGAUUUGGUUUCUGAUGGACUGCGUUCCUCCAAAAAGGUUUCAAAAGCCAACUCUACCGACUUGAAAUCUUCAAGAGUUUCCUUAAGCAUAAAUGAGAAUAUUGGUGUAGUUGGCAUAAAAUCAAGUGCUGACAGGGCAGAUAUCUCAUCUUCAUUGAUGCCGAAAGGCAGACAUCAUAGCGAGGAUGUGAUCAAUUAUUCAAAGAAUGGUACAGGCAACAUGCCAUUGAGUGAUAAAAGCUCUGUUAGGCCAGCUGCAUUGACUAUAAAAGGCAGACAUGAUGCAAUAGAUGAGAGCAGUAGUUCAAAAAAUGGUAAUGCCAGAGUGACUUGUUCAAAUACUGAAUAUAAACCUGAAAAUUGGAUGCUCCCUGGCCAAGCUGAAGAUACAUUGAAUCAACUGAAUCUUGCAAUUGUUGGUCAUGUUGAUUCUGGAAAAUCAACACUCUCUGGUAGACUACUACACCUUUUAGGGCGAAUAUCACAAAAAGAGUUGCACAAAAAUGAAAAGGAGGCUAAGUUACAGGGCAAGGGCUCCUUUGCUUAUGCUUGGGCUUUGGAUGAGAGCACUGAAGAAAGGGAAAGGGGAAUAACUAUGACAGUGGCUGUUGCAUAUUUUGAUUCCAAAAAGUAUCAUGUUGUUGUGCUUGACUCACCAGGCCAUAAGGAUUUUGUACCAAACAUGAUAUCUGGGGCAGCACAAGCGGAUGCUGCAGUUCUUGUCAUAGAUGCCUCAGUUGGUUCGUUUGAGGCUGGCAUGGACAGUGCUAAGGGUCAAACACGGGAGCAUGCACAACUUAUCAGAAGUUUUGGUGUUGAUCAAAUUAUAGUUGCAAUUAACAAAAUGGAUGCUGUGGAUUACUCAAAGGAACGUUUCGAUUUGAUUAAACAGCAACUUGGAACAUUUCUCCGUUCUUGUGGUUUUAGAGAUUCUUCUAUAAUAUUGAUCCCGUUGAGUGCCAUGGAAAAUCAAAAUUUGGUGGCGUCUCCUUCUGAUGUUCGUUUGCUGUCCUGGUAUCAUGGACCUUAUCUGCUGGAUGCAAUUGAUUCCCUCCAACCUCCUAUGAGAGAUUUCUCAAAGCCUGUACUUAUGCCCAUAUGUGAUGUUCUUAAGUUGUCACUAGGGCAGGUGUCUGCCUGUGGUAAACUAGAAGCUGGAGCUCUCCGAAGUGGAUCCAAGGUUCUAGUUAUGCCAUCAGGAAAUGUAGGGAUAGUGCGUUCCUUAGAACGUGAUUCUCACGCUUGUUCCUUUGCAAGAGCUGGAGACAAUGUGGCUGUUAGUCUGCAAGGCAUUGAUGGGAGCCUUGUGACGGCAGGGGGCAUGCUAUGUCACCCUGAUUUUCCAGUUGCCGUUGCAAAGCAUUUGGAAUUGAAAGUCCUUGUUUUGGAUGUUACCACCCCAAUUUUAAUUGGCUCCCAGUUGGAAUUUCACGUGCACCAUGCAAAGGAAGCUGCAAGAGUGGUCAGAAUGUUGUCUUUACUUGAUCCAAAGACUGGCAAGGUGACAAAGAAGGCACCUCGUUGUCUUACCACAAAGCAGACUGCUGUUGUUGAGGUGGCUUUGCGAGGCCCUGUGUGCGUAGAAGAGUUUUCAAGUUGUAAAGCUCUUGGGAGAGUGUUUCUAAGAGCAUUAGGAAGAACAAUUGCUGUUGGGAUUGUAACCCGAAUAAUUGAGGAGCAGGAUUAGUUGAUCGAUUAAUGACAAUACCAUUUGCAUAAGCUGUUGCAACAUUUUUGUUCAUUCUCUCGUCUCCGUACAGAGGUAAGAACUGUUGAACAGUAAUGCUGGGGAGACCUUCGUGACAGGAGCUUAGUGAUGGGCUCACGAGGUUUCUGUCAAUUUUUAUUUGGGUUUGUCUAUGGAACGUGCAUUAUACAAGAAAGGUAUAGGUCGAAUUAUUUAUAUACCUGUACUUUUGUAAGAUAUUUUAUUAAUUAUUUUAUGCUAUUUAUUUAAACUCAAA